GGGGGUAUGAAGAGAGAGGGAGGCAGGGAUAGACACAGGGAUAAGAGGAUAGAGUGAGUAACACUGCAGUAGAAUGAGGGUUAGAGAGAAAGAGAGAGCCAAGAAGUAUUUGAGCUGCCAGCCUUUCGCACGCCACUCAGGAUCCGUCGCUUUCUGAAGAGGCAAGAAGAGGAAUCCACCGUGGAGGCGAGAAGGAGAAGGAGGAGGGGGGCUGAGGAGGAGGAAGCCAGAGGUUCUACACACAAGAUGGCUGCUGUGUCCUCUGCCUCUGACACUGGGGACCCCAGGGGCCGACACCCCCCUGAGCGCAGACUGCUGAUCCUCGGGGGGCCACAGUCUGGUAAGACCUCCACCGCCAACAGCAUCCUGGGGGAUGAGGUCUUCGAUGUUGGAACGGAGACUACUCACAGCAACGUGGGCCAGACGGAGAUCUACGGCCGACGGGUCACUGUGGUGGACACCCCGCCAUGGGCCAUUCCCAGGGACCCGGAGGACAACACAGAAGCUGACAACGAAGAUAAUGCCGGCGCAGAGUCAGAAAACCCGUCGCGGCCCCCGCAGAGCCUAGACAAUGAGGGGCCAUGCAUGGGGGCCAUUCUCUGCCCUCCUGGACCCCACGCCAUCCUGUUGGUGGUGUCGGUCACCCAGCCCUUCACUGACACGGAGAAGAGGGCCGCAGAUGAGCAGCUAGGGGCCCUCGGUGGAGGGACCUGGAGGUACUCCAUGGUGGUCUUUACUGGGGUGGACAAGCUGCCCAAAGGGGUCUUUAUUGAAGAACACAUAGCGAACACUGGAGAGGCCCUGCAGUGGCUGGUGGAGAGAUGCGGAAGCAGGUACCAUGCGUUUGAUAACACUCGAAAAGAAACAGAAGACAACACGCAGGUUCCGGAGCUGAUGGAAAAGGUGGAGGAAAUGAUCACUGACAACCAAGGCUGGUACUUUGAAGUGAACGAGUUGAUUUUACUGGAGGAAGAGCAGGCCAGGAGAGCUCUGGAGGAAGAAAGGAUGAGGAUGGAGGAGCACGUUAGACAGAGGGACCAGAUGAUCGGAGGACCUCCCAGAGAGUUGAGACUGCUCUUAUUAGGCUGGAAGGGCGUUGGAAAGAGUUCGGUGGGGAACUCCAUCCUGGGCCGUCGGUACUUUGAGUCGGGCCAGGAGACGGAGCUAUGCCUCAGGAGGCAGGCGCUCGUAUCCGGCCGUCGGAUCACAAUCGUCGACACCCCUGGCUGGGACUGGUUCUCGGUGAGGCGAACCCCAAAGCGCAUCCGCCAGGAGUCCCAGCGCGGAGCUGCCCUCCUGCGACCUGGACCACACACCCUGCUGCUGGUCCUCCCCGUCGUCUCGUCCCUCACCGCCAGGAAGAGGCGGACACUCUUGGCUCACAUAGAGACUCUUUUUGGUGACAGUGCGUGCCUCCACACCAUGGUGCUAUUCAGCUGUGGCGAUUGGCUGGGCCGCACGCCCAUCGAAGAGCACAUUCUUAGAGGUGGACGAGAGCUGCAAAGACUACUCGAAUUCUGUGGGAACUAUUACCACGUCCUGGACAGUAAGAUUCCUGGCAAGGACAGGAGUGUGUCAGUCCUACUGGAUAAGAUGGAGGAGAUGAUCAGAGAGAACGGGGACAAGGCCUUCCUCCCCAUACAGACUGAGUGGUUGAGUGAGGAGAGCUCUUACUCCUCUGACAACACGGAGCCUGAGGAUGACUGUCGAGGAUGCCAGGUGCAGUGAAACGAUGGCACUCAAAGAAAAGUGGAAAUUCUCCAACCCAAAUGACACUUCUCGUAACUUAAACCUCAUCUAGAUAUCCCGCUCCAAUCCCAAAGAGUUUUAGGGAAAACAAAUGGCUUAGAACGGGGAGUCUCGUCAUGAGUAGCUAUUUUGUUAGAAAGACCGAACUGAUCGCUAAACAAAAGCUCUACAUGGACUGAAAGUGCAAAAUCUCCUCAAACCCAAGAGGAGGAGAAAUAUAUUGCUUCUGCUUCAAGGGACCAGGGCUCGAUCCCUGUCCGUGAGCAUGUACACAGAUAUUAACUGCUGCUAAAGAGACCCUGUUUCAACACUGCAGAGUAAAGAGUUACUCGUAACUAUGUCUUCAGACUCCACUGAUACAAGUUUAAAGCGUAAAGUCAAAAUCAAAAGAAGACAAUAUUAUCAUGACUAAUCAGAUUUGGCGUUAGGACUCAUGUUUGCACUAAGUUUGUCUCUCUUUGAAGACUUUGCAAUGCAAGGAUAAUUCAUUGUUUCAAAUUUCCAACAGGUCCAGUUUGCGUACACAAAGACAACAUUUAAACAGCCCAGAAAUUGUAAACAAAAGUAAUUUGGUGGAAAUGUUCAAUUAUUGGUCAUACAUUUGGCUCGACUGCGUGAUGUGCUUUCCUACCCUGGGACAAGAGUAUCCGGAUGAAGCAUUAGGUUGUUAAAUUUGAACCAUUUAGCGGCUGUCUAGUUAGCUAGCUUGCUUGCUAAUUCCACUGUGCUUUCAUGCUACUAUGGCUUCAGAAAAUGAGCUGGGUCUAAACGGUCCAUCCGUCACUCCCCACAGCUAGGAGACUACGAAGCUGCUGACUGCUGUCCUACCAGAGAACUACUUCUAGUCUUCUAGUGGCGGGGAGUGAGACAGAGGGGCUGUGGGCUGCGCUAGUGAGCUAAUUAUGUCUCAUUUGUGGUCUGAUAAACAGUAAAUUCAUCAAAUUCAGUGUUAGCAAAUACGCAAAUAGGCUACUAGUUCACUGGUCACCAAAAACAGGUAAACAAAAAGUUUUUUUAUUUUCCCAUGAAAUGACACAUAAAUGGUCGGCUUCUUGUGAUUCGAAUGGUGUUCACACCAGAGUUCACUUGACAGUGGUCCGAGACCACCGCUUUCAAGGUGGAUCAUGGAGCGGUUAUUUGGUCCGCACCAGAGUUCAAGUACUGCGUUCACACAGACCCAAACAAACCGCAUCAAAGGGUUGAACGCUCCAGGGUUCAACCGGACCAAACAAGAGUUGUGUGAAAGCUCCCUAAGAGUAACAUUUCUAUAUAUGACUUGUAUCAUGAAAUUGGACAGGAUUUUACAACAUAGUCAUCCCCUUCUACAUUAAGUGCCAUUACUGUCAUUCACUUCAAAAUAGUUUGAAUCAGAAAGGGUUCAAUGGAAAUGGUUUGAGUGAAAGUGAACGAUUGAAUAUCAAACCGAAAACAUGGACAAGUGGGACUAAAGAUAAUAAUGUGUGCUGGAAUGUGUGCAAACAAAUGUAAAAAAUAAAGUGAAGAGAAUUGUUUGUGCACUCGGGUAUCAUAUAUCAUGUACACAUUCAGACGAGCGAUAUUAAAACAGUCGUUGUUAACAUUUGAUUAGUUUCUGCUCAGGGAGUCACGGUUGAAUUGCUUCCUCCAGGGCAAAAUCUGGUACAUUUACAGAAACGCUGAUUAAUGCUGAUUGCUAAACUGCAGACGUAAGUCACAUAUUAAUUCAGAGAGUUUUCUUUCAGUGAGUAUUUGCUUCAGUUUGCUGGAAGUAAAAGAGAGUCUGUGUUUGCACUUUGGUCGUAAUUGGUUCCUUUGGUUCUCGUGUGCUGAAAAAACUAAAUUGAAUCAAUCUAACUAAAUCAUUCUGAGCCCAACUCUGCUGUAACGUUCAUGCUCACGAGCAGCAAAGAACAGUUACAGGAGAGGCUGAAUUGAAACUGUGUGCAGUCUCAGAUCCCUGCGGAGCAACUCGAGCUGGCUCUGCUUCGCUGUUUGUGGUCAUCAUGCAUUCAAUGCAUUUAUCGACUAGGUAGAUUCAGCUACGUGCCUCAGCAUCAAAGCGGGAGAGUGGGAGUACUGUGCAGCCCUGCGGCAGGGCAGUAUCCUAUAGGCUACAUCAAGCUUUCGCAUGCUACAGAAACAACAUAACCUCAUGAACCAUUUUGAGCUCACAUAGGGCUUUUACUACCUUUUUCUACAUCAGUGAGACAUCUGACAAAUAAAAAAAUAUAUAAUCAGCUCUCAGAGGCAUGUUAAGACGACGCAUGCAGAUAAACGAGUGCCUAUAGAGUUGAAGGCAACCUCACUUCUUAUUCCUCUGAUUCUUGCUUAAGCAAGUGUAUGUGAAUUUCUGGUGUGACAUCACAUCGCUCUAUCUUUACGACUGCAAAAAAAAGAAAAGAAAAAAGUGGACAAAAGAAAAAACACUCUGGAAGGUACAAAUAAAAGCAUAUAAAAUAUGUGACCGAUACCACUGCCAUAGUGUAAAAUGUUAUUUUCUACAAAUGGUGUAGCCUAUAAAAGAAACCCUGACACUGCUUCCCCAAUGCUUUACUGACUCUGUGCUCCAUCUAGUGAUGUAGGCUACCGCAGCACUUUGUGUGACAAGCAUGACUUUACAAUUUGAUAUGAAUAUGUUUCAGACAUUCAUUUGGAGUCUUAGAGUCCCACUUCACCUGUGAAUAUAUUGUAUAAUCCGUGUAUAUUUACAGUGUAAAACAUGUUAUGUUGUACGCUUUUAGCAAAGCAUUUUACACCGUGUAAGUUCUACCACUUUACUGUGGCCAAAGUGAUGUUACUUCCUGUGUGGUCCUUCCUAAAUGGUGAUUGCAUCAUCAGUACUUUGCUCAUCCUCAGACAACAAUAAAAGAUAUGGACAUAU